GGUGGUUCGCCCUAAGGCUCUUGCUUGUCUUAUCCAAUGGCGUCACUCAGUCACUCGCUUUCAGGGGCGCGCAUGGCUGGGAGGAAAUGAAGGCUGUUUAGCUGCUCGCCUGCAAUGUUUCGCUCCAAGCCUUGGAGACUUUGCAAAGGAAUGCGGGCGCCUUUCAGUACUCGGGCCUGGUACCAGAUGCCGCUGAAGCAACGAAGUUUGGGAAAACCAGUGGGAGGCCAUUCCAGUGGAAAAAGUAUCUUGGCACCUGGAAAACCUCUGAGUCGUGAGGAACUGCUGAACCUGCUGGAAAAAUCACUGGUGCACAAAGACGAUGUACUUUUGGCCAUCAGCAAACCACCUGGCCUGCCUGUGGAUGGCAAGCCAGGGGAAGUGACUUUGCUCUCUCUUCUGCCGUUUCUAAGCCAAAAGCUAGGGCUCCCCCAGAAUCUCCAAGUGAUCAAAGCUGCAGGAAAGGAGAGUUCUGGGCUUGUUCUGCUUUCCGGUUGUGCAGAUACUGUCCAUCGUGUCCAUGACUUCUAUAUUCGGUCUCAGAGAGCAAAGCGUCCCACUGCUACCUAUUGUGCCAUCACUACCAGAAUCCCAGAAGCCUCAGAGGGGGAGAUCUCUACAGGUCUCAAGCUGAUGCAGAUUGAAGAUUUUGAUUUGGUGGUGCCAGUGGCUUCCCCUUCCCGUGGAAGCAUUGAAAGGAGGGAGGUAAAAAAGACUCUGACACAUUAUAAGGUCUUGGACUCCAACGAAGACUGCGCAUUGCUGCAACUUCAGCCACUGACAGCCUUUCCCAGCCAGCUCCUCGUGCACUCGACCCUGAUCCUGAGCCCUAUAUUAGGCGACCACAUGUAUUCCUCCCGUGUGGGAGCCGUCCUGGGGGAGCCCUUCCUCUUGUCUCCAGAAAGCGCUCUGCCACGGACGCAGAUCUUAAAUGACUCCCUGUUGACGAAGCUCCACCUGCAGCAGCGACAUGUGCAUCGCUUGCCUCUCCACCUUCACCUCCACCGGCUCCUCCUUCCUUCCACCGAAGGCUUUUCCUCAUGCGCUGCGCUCACGGCUCCCUUUCCGGCUUUUUUCCUGCGGACGCUUUCUCUUCUGGGACUGGCCUUGCCACAAGAGGAAACCAAGGAGCAGGAGAAGACAUUAAAAGCAUUUUCCACAACCCAGUAGGCACUAUUUCAUGCCAAUCUGAGAUCAUCUUCUGGAUGAGGGAGGAGGAGAAAACACCAUCUUGGCUCCUGCUGGCAAAUUGUUCAUGGAAAUGACAAAGAAAAGGAAUGCUGGGGAAUUUCUAUGCAGAAACUUGGCAAAAGAAGCUUUUUCAAGACUCUCCUGUGUUUUCUACUUUCGUCCCUUUGUAAAGAACAAGGAAAGGCAACACCAGAAAGCUUGGCUUUGGGUUAUUUCUCUUUCAAGAAGAGCCAACCCUACUGUGUGUGAAUAUGAUGGUGCCAUGGCUUUAUGAGUCUGUAACUGAAUUAAGGAGCUGGUUCUUGGAGGUUAGGCUCACCAAUUAAAAGAAGUGGGAUUUAUGCUUUCCCCAAGGCUGUGUAGCUUGCUGUCAGUAUUACAAAGGCAAAUAUGCAUUCUUCCUAUAGAAGAGUUAGUAGCAAUGCCCACUCAAUUAAGAAGAGGAGCAGCACAGAGCCAACAAGAAAAUAUCAUAAGAGAACAGAGCAGCUGCUGAAUUGGAAAUCACAAGUAAUGAAAAUGUUUUAGAAGCUUUGAGUUGUUUGUAAAGUGUCUUUAAAUAUACAUUAUUGGGUUGCGGUGAGUCUUUCGGUCUGUAUGGCCAUGUUCCAGAAGCCUUCUCUCCUGGAUUUCAGUGGCUUCUCUGUGUAGUCUGACAUGGUGUAAUUUGACUAUUCAGUGCUAAUCAAGCUGGCCAAUUGCAACAUUCACACUUGCCUCAGGCAGACAAGAGUUCUUUCUCCCACCCUGGACAUUAUUCCACAGAUAUAUAAACCCCACUUGCCUAGUUCCCAACAGACCUUCUGGAACAUGGCCACACAGCUCAAAAGACUCACAGCAACCCAGUGAUUCCGGCCAUGAAAGCCUUCGACAAUGCGUAUAUUAUUAACAUAGACAGUUGCUGAAUAAACCUCAAAUAUUUUCUGAUA